AUGAGCGUGUCGGCUAAUGAAGUGGUGCUAGAGGAACCGCAGAAGAUCUUUCUUCACCUGGAUGACGUGCUAGUCAUCUCAGAUGCCGACGACGAUGGCCUGUUUGAGUGCGCGGAGGCUAUACGCUCAGACUAUCAUAUGGAACCAAAAAUGGCAACAUACGUGUUCUUGUUCAAGGGGCACCACGGGAAAGAGAAAAAAAAUGUCACUUUCCACUUAAAGCCGGGCGCCACUCCGGACAGAAUCAUCAUGUAUUUCGACAACAAUGCUGAAGAGGAAUUCGAAGCCCAAUAUUUGUACACGGAUUAUAGAACCUGCGCUGUUGUUAAAGGCCCCUACGAAGGUGAAAGGUGCCUACUACUGGUGUCCAAGGAUAUGGCAGAAGACGUACCAGAGUCCUGCUUAUCGAAUUUCGAAGACACCUGCGGUGUGGCAGGCAACUUGUACAGCAAAGAGCUGUGUCCGGAUGACGAAUAAUACAUUUCGAGUGCUGCAGCUCACUUUGUAGGGCUAAGUCCUGAAGUUCGGUUCUUUUACUUGCGCCGCAGCUCAGUUAUUCACAUUUAAUACAGCAGCGCUCUUUUUCUAGCACACAUUUUAGCUGAAUCCAUUCGCCGUCAAAGCCGAAGAAUCGACGGGCAUACGUGCAGUGGCAAUAUUCCCGAAGCCGGCGAUUUGCCGGGUUGCCGAGUUUAGAAU